ACGAAGUAAGCACACAGUGGUGGCUUAUAAGGAUGCCAUUUAUGUCUUUGGAGGCGACAAUGGCAAAUGGAUGCUGAAUGAUCUGUUGCGCUUUGAUGUUAAAGAGAAGUCCUGGGGGCGAGCAUUUUCCACAGGCUCUCCUCCUGCUCCUCGUUACCAUCACUCAGCAGUGGUACACGAGUCUUCAAUGUUUGUGUUUGGUGGGUUUACUGGGGACAUCCAUAGCAACAGUAACCUCAAGAACCAGAAUGACCUUUUUGAGUAUCGCUUCCAAACAGGCCAGUGGAUAGAAUGGAAGUUCACUGGCAGAGCACCAGUACCACGGUCAGCUCAUGGUGCAGCAGUAUAUGAAGGGAAGCUGUGGAUAUUUGCUGGCUAUGAUGGCAACUUCAGACUCAAUGAUAUGUGGACCAUUCCUCUUGGGGGCGAUAACCGAAUGUGGGAAGAAAUCAGCCAAACAGGAGACUGUCCCCCCACCUGCUGCAACUUUCCAGUGGCAGUGGCAAGAGAUUCAAUGUAUGUCUUCAGUGGUCAAAGUGGGGCAAAAAUCACAAAUUCCCUCUUCUAUUUUACCUUCAAAGACCGAUGCUUUGACCUGACAGCCAAACAUGGUCUGGAUUCAACCAGCGCCAGACUCUCAAUUUCCCAUCUGGGCGACCUUCCAUGCAGCAGCGUUUUGGGUGAUGCGAUGUAUGCUUUGGUGGUCAGUAGAUAA